AUGAAAUGGACAGAUAGACAGCUAGGGGAACAAGAGACACAGCGCAGGAGAUGCAGCAGUGGGCAGGAGCUGGUAACAGACCAGAGACUAUGCCAGUCCAAGUCUCACCAGGACUCCGUCCUCUCCGCCCUCAACCAGCAGAGGAAGGAUGGCCUACUCUGUGAUGUCACCCUAGUCGCCGGCGACCAGAAAUUCCACGCCCAUAAAGCAGUGCUGGCGGCGUGCAGCGAUUACUUCCGGGCCAUGUUCAGUCUGUGCAUGGUGGAGAGUGAGGCAGAUGAGGUGACGCUUCAGGGAGUGACAAAUGUGGGACUGAAACAUGCACUAGACUUCGCCUACACAGGACAGAUAAUACUGGAGCCAGGGGUGAUUCAGGAUGUUCUGUCGGCAGGAAGUCACCUUCAGCUGCUGGAGCUGCUCAGUCUCUGCUCACACUACCUCGUCCAGGAGCUGAACAGUGUUAACUACCUGGACCUGUACCGUGUGUCUGAUCUGUUCCACCUCCCUGCUCUGGAGGAGGCUGUGGUCAGCUUCCUGGUAGAACACCUGUGUGAGCUGCAGCAGAGCCACCAGGAGGAGGUGCUGCUGCUCCCCUACCGCCUCCUCAGGGAGGUGCUGAUGAGCGACCGCCUCACCUCCCUCAACGAAGAGGAGAUCUGGCAGCUGGUGGUCUGCUGGUUAGAGCAUGACUGUCGGUACCAGUACACAGAGGACCUGAUACAGCACGUUCGUUACGGCCUUAUGGAUGUGGCCGCCCUGCACCACAUGGCACAGUGCCACCCGCUGGUCCAGUCCAGUAACACCGCCGCCGCCCUAGUGGACGAGGCUCUAGAGUACCACCGUGCCACCUUCGCCCAACCCCUCCUCCAGACCGCCCACACCAAGCCCCCCUUCCAGUCUCUCACCCUCUACAUCGCCGGCGGGCGCAAGCGCGAGGUGUGCCGCGUGCGUGAGCUGCGCUACUUCAACCCAGCCGCCCAGGAGAACGCGCGCGCGGCCGGGUGCUCCAACUGGAGCGAGCUGGCGCCAAUGCCCGCUGGGCGCAGCCACCACUGCGUGGCCGUCAUGGGCCACUUCCUGUUUGUGGCGGGUGGCGAGGUGGAGCAUUCCACGGGGAGGACGUGUGCGGUGAGGACAGCCUGUCGGUACGACCCCCGGGGGAACCGCUGGACGGAGAUAGCCUCCAUGAAGGCGUGCAGGGAACACUUUGUCCUCGGGGCUCUGGGCCAGUACCUGUACGCGGUGGGGGGGAGGAACGAGCUGAGACAGGUGCUGCCCACCGUGGAACGCUACUGUCCGAAGAGGAACAAGUGGACCUUCGUCCAGUCCUUUGACCGCUCGCUGUCCUGCCACGCGGGCAGUGUGGCUGACGACCUGCUCUGGGUCUCAGGUGGAGUCACAAACACAGCUCAGUACCAGAAUAGACUGAUGGUGUACGACCCAGAACAGAACCAGUGGCUGGCCCGCAGUCCCAUGCUACAGAGGCGAGUGUACCAUGUCAUGGCCGUGGUGAGAAGGCAGCUGUAUGUGCUGGGAGGAAAUGACCUGGACUACAACAACGACCGUAUCCUGGUCCGCCACAUCGACUCCUAUGACAUAGACAUGGACCAGUGGACCCGCUGCACCUUCAGCCUACUCACGGGUCAGAAUGAAUCUGGCGUGGCAGUUCUUGAUGACCGAAUCUAUGUUGUCGGUGGAUAUUCUAUUUGGACCAAUGAGCCCCUAGCGUGUAUUCAGGCGAGUGACCUUGACAGGUUUUAGUAACCUGAGAAAUGGUAUGUCUAUGGAUCAACUCUACCGUUCGCCUCCAAUGGAAUAGCAACGUGUUUCCUCCCUGCUCCAUACUUCACCUGCCCCAACCGAAAGACUCUACAAGUGCCUCAUCACAGGAUAGGGGCUGACUAACACACUAAUAGAGACUACAGUAAAUGUCUACGUAGAUACAUCAUGCCAACAACUCAUAUGGACAUACAUACAAUUGUAUAGAACCAAAGGUCUGCUCCUUUACAACAGCCCCACUCUUCCUCCUUUACACACACACACACACACACACACACACACACACACACACACACACACACACACACACACACACACACACACACACACACACACACACACACACACACACACACACACACACACACACACACACUAUUGCCACCCAGAUAAGAUGACCCACGUCUUCCCCAGUUUCAGGAUCCUAACCUAACCACUUCAAAUUCAAAUGCACUUCAAACUGCCCAUCCUGGGGAUGAAAAAAGGAAGGUCCUCAAAGAGGAGGUUCCCUAUUCCUAUCCAGCUACCCUGUGAUGAUGAUUCCUAUCCAGCUACCCUGUGAUGAUGAUUCCUAUCCAGCUACCCUGUGAUGAUGGACUGAUCUUCCAUCAGCUGCAGGGUUUGGGUCAAUUCCAUUUCAAUUCAGUCAAUUCAGGAAGUAAACAGACAUUCUGAUGACAAUUUUGCUCAUUGAAAAGCGUUGAGAAUAAUAGAUGUGGAUUGGAGUGGUAUAUCCUGAAUUGACCCCAACCCUGCUCAGAUGACUGGUUGAAUAAUGGGGCUGCUCUAGUCAAACUGGUGCAGAACAGUAGAUCGCAAUGCUGGAGCACUCAAGGGGAGCAGAGCUCUCUACAGAGUGAAAUAGCUCCCUCUUUUACUAAUGCACUAUAGGGCUAAUGGCACUCUAACUAGCUGUACUUACUACGUACCAUAACCCGUCUACUCAAUACAAAGCCAAUGGACCCACCCAAGGUCAUUUCAAUUGAAACCUGUCCUGUGUAAACUGUGGGACCCGUCUUACUCUUUCUUGAGCGUGUGUUUUUCUAUUCAAGCUCAGGAUUUAAGACUGUUUCACAGUUCGGUGAAUGUCUGACCACGUAGCAUACCGUGCAUUGACUCAACACACGGUGUGUAGGAGAGCCUGAGCGGUGUGUUGCCACCCUGUCUUACGCCAUUUUCAAAACGUCUCGUUUAACUUCGACAAAGAAGUAACGGCGUAACACCUCCAGCAGUGAGUGAAAGAGGACUUUAAAAAACAUGUCUUGUUUUCAGA